GUUCAUCUUCACAUUGAAUCGGGUCUGUUUACAUUGUGUAGAUUAUAAUUAACUUGAUUUUCUCAUCAUUUAAAUGUUUUUCUAACCCUUCAUGUGAUGACGCAGUUAGAAUUAAUUGCAUGCGUCUUGAUCCGUGUGCUAUAUUGAAGGACACACGUUGGAUAUUAAACAUAUUACAGCCCUUAUCAUACUGCUAAGCUGAUUUUUUUUUUUUUAAAUUAGGGAUGUAAAUAAUAAUACUUAAAUCUUUUAGAUUUAAUGAUAUUUUCUUAACUCGUGUCGCAGCGCCUGUUCUUUUUUUCUUUUUCUUUUUUUCUCAAUACUGUCACUGGAGCAAAGGCUUAUCUUUGUGGGACUUUUAUGAUAGUUCAUGCUUUGCUCUAACUUUUUUUGAACAGUAAAUACCAGAACAAACAAAAGGUUUUCAGGAUAUUACCAUGAUGAAGAAUAAAAGUAGAAAACAAGAGGAUGAAGGAUCGACUCAAAGCAAUGCAUCAAGCAAUUCAGCCUCAGAGGAAUCCAACCGCUCUGCGUCGGAGUCGGGGAGUCAGUCAGAGAGCGAGCAUGGCAGUGAGAGGAGGAGAUCCCACAACUCCGAGUCAAACAGCUCCUCAGGAUCAGAGAGUCACUCAGAGUCAGGGAACGAGUCGUCAGAGUCCAAAUCACAGCAAACCUCAGCAGACGUGAAAGACAAGCCAGUUAGAAAGAAGGAGCGACUGGCAGACGUGAAGAAGAUGUGGGACGAACAUCCAGAUGUGUAUGGAGUCAGGAGGUCAAACCGCAGUAGACAGGAGCCGGCUCGUUUAAACGUCGGAGCUGGGGGAAGCAGUGACUCUGAGAGCGAAAGUCCCAAGAGAAAAACAUCCCGAGCUAAGAAAAAAGAAAAUAUCUGGAACUCAAAUGAUGAAGACGAGGAGGAGGAGGCUUCCGAAAGUACAGACAGUGAGCAGGAAGAGAAAAAAGUUAGAUCCAGACGACUUCCUGCUAGAAGACCUCAGACCAAAUCAUCAACCUCCAAAAAGCAACUGUCUCAAAAAAGCAGGAAGUCCAGGAAACAGGACUCCUCUGCUGAGGAAGAUGAUGACGAUGACGACGACGAUGACGACGACGAUGACGAAGACUCUCAAAAGAGGCAGACUCGAAGAAGGGGUGCAACAAAAGUCAAAAGUUAUAAAGAGGACCAACAUGACUUUGAAACAGACUCUGAUGACCUGAUUGAAAUGACGGGCGAAGCAGGAGAGGAGCUGCAGGAUGACGACAGUGAGACCAUUGAGAAGGUCAUGGACACCAGGAAAGCCAAAAAAGGAGCCACCGGGGCAUCCACGACUGGGUAUGCUGUGCAGGAAAAGGGUGACCCGAAUGAAGGCUUUGACCCCGAGAACGAUGAAGGGGAGACUCACUAUCUGAUCAAGUGGAAGGGCUGGUCCUACAUCCACAACACCUGGGAGAGCAUGGACUCUCUGGAGCAGCAAAAGGUCAAGGGACUAAAGAAACUGGACAACUACAAAAAGAAACAAGAUGAGCUCAAUUCAUGGAUGAACAGGGCGUCCCCUGAGGAUAUAGAAUUUCAUAACUGCCAACAAGAGCUCAUAUCUGACUUGAACAAGCAGUUUCAGAUUGUGGAGCGCAUCAUCGCAACAAAAUCAGGAAAGACACCAGGAACCGUUGACUUCCCAUCUCAUAGUCACAAGACACCAGCCUCCAAUGAGCCAGAGUAUCUAUGCAAGUGGAUGGGCUUGCCCUAUUCAGAGUGCAGCUGGGAGGAUGGAGCUUUGCUUGGAAAGAAGUUUCAGAAAUGCAUUGACAGCUUCACGAACCGAAGCUCCAGUAAAAACGUCCCCUCUAAAGACUGCAAGGUGUUAAAGCAAAGACCAAGGUUUGUUCCUCUGAAGAAACAGCCAUCGUAUAUCGGAGAUGACAACCUUCAAUUGAGAGAUUAUCAGCUGGAUGGGUUGAACUGGUUGGCCCACUCCUGGUGCAGGUGCAAUAGCGUCAUCCUCGCUGAUGAGAUGGGGCUGGGAAAAACCAUCCAGACCAUCUCGUUCCUGUCGUACCUGUUUAACCAGCAUCAGCUGUAUGGACCCUUCAUAGUGGUGGUGCCUCUGUCCACGCUCUCCUCCUGGCAGAGGGAGUUUGAGACCUGGGCUCCGCACAUGAACGUGGUGGUCUACCUCGGUGAUGUCAUGAGCAGGAAAUCGAUCCGUGAUUACGAGUGGGUGAACCAUCAAACGAAAAGAAUCCGCUUCAAUGCACUGUUGACCACUUAUGAAAUUCUACUCAAAGACAAGGGGGUGCUUGGGAACAUCAACUGGGCUUUUCUGGGUGUUGAUGAAGCUCACAGGCUGAAGAAUGAUGACUCCCUGCUGUACAAAACAUUAAUGGAGUUCAGGUCUAACCACAGGCUCCUCAUUACCGGCACUCCGCUGCAGAACUCCCUCAAAGAGCUCUGGUCACUGUUGCACUUCCUCAUGCCCGACAAGUUUGAUUCCUGGGAGGAUUUUGACGAAGUACACGGGAAAGGAACGGAUAACGGUUAUCAGAGUCUUCACAAAGUCCUCGAGCCCUUCCUUCUGCGGCGUGUCAAGAAAGACGUGGAGAAAUCUCUGCCUGCCAAAGUGGAACAGAUUCUUCGUGUAGACAUGACUGCACAGCAGAAACAAUUCUACAAGUGGAUUUUAACGAGGAAUUAUAGAGCUCUUUACAAAGGCCCCCGGGGCAGCUCCUCUGGCUUCCUGAACAUAGUUAUGGAGCUAAAAAAGUGCUGCAACCACAGUUUCCUCAUCAAACAGCCUGAGGAUGUCGACAAUGAAACACAAAAGGAACACCUGCAGGCUCUAGUGAGGGGCAGUGGGAAGCUGGUGCUGCUGGACAAGCUGCUGACAAGACUCCGAGAAAGAGGCAACCGAGUCCUGAUCUUCUCCCAGAUGGUCAGGAUGUUGGACAUUCUGGCUGAAUACCUCGCCAAGAAUCGCUACACAUUCCAGCGGCUGGACGGUUCAAUAAAGGGAGAAAUACGAAAACAAGCACUUGACCAUUUUAAUGCAGAAGGCUCAGAGGACUUCUGCUUCCUGUUGUCGACCAGAGCUGGAGGUUUGGGGAUAAACUUGGCCUCAGCGGACACCGUCGUCAUCUUUGACUCUGACUGGAACCCUCAAAAUGACCUGCAGGCACAAGCCAGGGCUCACAGGAUCGGCCAGAAGAAACAGGUGAAUAUUUAUCGACUGGUCACCAAAGGGACAGUGGAGGAGGACAUCAUCGAGAGGGCAAAGAAGAAGAUGGUUCUGGACCAUCUUGUCAUUCAGAGAAUGGACACCACUGGUCGAACCGUACUUGACAGCAACUCAGGAACCACAAAUUCAAACCCAUUCAAUAAAGAAGAACUGACUGCCAUCCUCAAGUUUGGUGCAGAGGAGCUUUUCAAAGAGGCAGAAGGGGAGGAGUCUGAACCGCAGGAGAUGGAUAUUGAUGAGAUCCUGAGGAUGGCUGAAACGAGAGAAAGCGACCAGGGCUCAAGUGCUACGGAUGAACUUCUAUCUCAGUUUAAGGUUGCCAAUUUCUCAAGCAUGGAAGAGAGCGCUCCAGAGUUUGCGGAUAGGAGCAUACGGGAAUGGGACGACAUCAUCCCUGAAGAGCAGCGACGAAAAGUUGAGGAGGAGGAGAAGCAGCGGGAGAUGGAGGACAUCUUCAUGCUGCCCAGAAGCAGGAGCUCUAACAAGAGGGCUCAGGCAAACGAUAGUGACAGCGAUGUGGGCUCCAAGCUGAAGAACCGCUCCUCAGGCUCCGAAAGUGAGACUGAUGAUAGCGAUGACGACAAGAAGCCAAAGAAGAGAGGCAGACCCAGAGCCCGCAAAAACAACGUGGAGGGUUUCAAUGAUGCAGAGAUCCGCAGGUUCAUCAAGGCAUACAAGAAAUUUGGAUCUCCACUCGAAAGGUUGGAGGCCAUCGCCCGAGACUCUGAGCUGGUUGACAAAUCCAUAGCAGACCUGAAGAGACUUGGUGAACUGAUCCAUACUAGUUGUGUGACUGCAGUGCAGGAGCACGAGGAGCACCUUAAGGAGAACCCAGUUGAAGCUAAAGGUCCUGGGAAACGAAGAGGAAUUAACAUCAAGAUCUCGGGAGUGCAGGUCAACGCCAAAUCCAUCAUCCAGCACGAGGAAGAGUUUGAGCCCCUGCACAAAGUGGUGCCCUUGAAUCCUGCUGAAAGAAAUAAGUUCAAUAUGACAUGCAGAGUCAAGGUCGCCCACUUUGAUGUAGACUGGGAACUGCAGGAUGACAUCCAGCUCUUGCUUGGUAUCUAUGAGCACGGCUUUGGUAACUGGGAUCUGAUCAAGACGGAUCCUGACCUUAAACUCGCUGAUAAGAUUCUCCCAGACGAUCCAAGCAAGAAGCCUCAGGCAAAGCAGUUGCAGGCGAGAGCCGAGUAUCUUCUCAAGCUGCUGAAAAAGGAACAAGACAGCACAGACCAGGCGAAGACAGGGGAGGAGGUCAAAGUGAAGAAGAGGAAGCCCCGGGUGAAAAAGGAGAACAAGAUUCUCAAGGAUGAGCAGGGCAACGAUAUCUCCUCCCCCCGUCUGUCCGACAACCCGUCCGAGGAGGGCGAGGUCAAGGACGAUGGAACAGAGAAGUCCCCUGCCAAGAAAAGACAAAAGAAAAAGGACAACAAAGAGAACAAAGAAAAACAGGGAACACCUAAAAAGGAGAAGGACGGGGACAAAGAAAAAAAGGGUGCCAAGCCCAGAAAAGAAAAGGCUAAAGCAGUUAAAGGAAAGAAGACUCAAGGUCCAGUUCACAUAACGGCUGGGUCAGACCCCGUUCCCAUUGAAGGAAAGGAGGAUGAUGAGCUGGACCAGGAGACUUUCAGUGUGUGUAAGGAGCGCAUGAGGCCGGUGAAAAAGGCCCUGAAGCAGCUGGAUAAACCAGACGAGGGUCUGUCUGACCAGGAGCAGCUCCAGCACACUCGCACAUGCCUACUGAAGAUCGGAGACCGAAUCACAGAGUGCCUUAAAGCCUACAGUGACCCUGAACACGUCAAAAUAUGGCGGAGAAACCUCUGGAUUUUUGUGUCCAAGUUCACGGAGUUUGGUGCCAGGAAGCUUCACAAGCUUUACAAAAUGGCACAAAAGAAGAGAUCACACGAGGAAGAGAAGGAGCAGAAGAAGAAGGACGAUUCUGGAGGGAGGGCGAAAAACUUCAGACCCGAGCCCUGUGGUUCCAGUAGAGACUCCACUGGUACUCAGUCGUCCUCUAAACCUGGAUCUCACUCGUCUCAGGCAGGCCCCCACGGACACCACAGAGAGUCGUACAACUCGGCUAAUAAGCGACACUUUGGCAACGAUGAUAGAGGGGACUGGCAGAGGGACCGUAAAUACAAUUACCCAAGUAACAGCAACCAGUCAUGGCAGGGAGACCGACAUCAUCCCUACGAUCGCUACAAGGAUCACUAUGGUGAUCGACGACCACACGGAGACUCGUACCGCAGCUCGGGCAGUUACCGCAACAACAGCUCCCCCCGUAAAAGGCCGUACGAGCAGUACAGCAACGACCGGGACCACAGGGGUCAAAGACCCUAUUAUGACAGGCAUUCAGAUACCAAAAGAAGGCGUCCUGAUGAUUUCCGUCCCAACUACCACCAGGGAAGAGAAGGCCCUCUUCAGGACUUCAGGAGGAUGCCAGAGCAGCGGCCAACAGGUCCACCUGGAGCAGAGCACUACAGCCGGCCCUUCCACCCUGACAAACCUCCCCCGCCGCUGGACCCUCGCUCCCCUCAGGCCCAGAAGUCUCCCCAGGACUCCCGCUCUCCACCGGAGCGACCCGUAGAGCCGAAUGCCACAGCAGAUCCUAACUGGAACAGCAGGAAAACAUAAAAGGAUGCCAACACUGCUGAUGGAGGCUGGACUCGCCAAUCAUAAGCUUACAGUUGGAAAGGGAAUCAACAUGUACCCUCUUUACCAGCAAAACUAUUUAGCUCUUUUCCACCAGUGACACUGGCUGUGAAUGAAGCCCUGAAGGAAGAAGUUUGUUUGUCUGUCAUCUUCAAGAUGAAAAAAAAACAAAAACUGAAACAAGCAUCUUUUAUUUAAAUGAAUUGACUCAAAUCAGUCAACCACGGUUAGACUGAGUGGAGUGCUUAUGGAUGCUUAGUCCCAUGGACUAUUUUCUAAGGAGAGUUUAGGAUACAUGAACUGAUGACUUAUCUCAAUCCUAAAAGUGCCUGAAGGCUUUGGCCUUUCUGAAUGGUAAAUGUAUGGGAUUUUUUCCCAAAGGAAGCAUGACAUGGACAUUCAUUUUUUUUUGUGUUUAGCUUUGAAGUAUUGCAAAUGAUGUCAUGUGUUCGUCACCAUCUGCACCUUGGACAUGUAACUGACUUGAAUCACCAGGUGGGUUACAAUGGUGAUGUCAUGGGCACAGCCUAAUUGUUAUGAAAUUUGAAUGAGCAACGGAGCCAGUAUGUUUCCUCUAAACACUCUACAAGAUGUCUGAAAUGUUUUUUAAGCAAACUCAUGUGUACAAAUAAUCAAAAUUUCUGUAAUUGUGUAGCUCUAUAAAUCAUUGCAAUCCUCUUGCUUUGUUCACUGUAACCACUUUCCCCUUCGUAGGCCCACUGAAAAUGAAGCUUUGUGAGCAGUAUUUAUUGCAACAACUUUUGCAAAAGGCUGAUAACACUAUAACUUGGGACAAUCCUUUAUUUUUGUUGCCUUUCAGUAUUCUGGUGGCUAAGAAUGGUACUUCAGUGUAGUUUCAAUAAUUCAUCUUUCCACCUACAGUAUGUAAGAACUCAAUUUUGUCUGAAAAUACUAUGUGGUAAGACAUUUUCUUUCCUUAUCUAUGGUUUGGUAAUACCGUUGCUGGUAGGUUGCUUAAGGGUUAUCAGGGAUUUGCUGAUGACAUUUCAUUAUGUUUAUUACCUUUGGUCACUCUUUUCCUGUGCCAAACCUGCUCUGGCCCUCAUUUGUUUUUUUUAAUGCUUCUCCAUUUGUGCCUUAUUUAUGUGUGUAUUAUCAUACUGUAUAUUGUUCAUGGACAGUACCGGGGCCUAAUACAGGCAGGGUGUAGUAUUACAGUCUCAUUUUAAGGAAAUUGCUCUAAAUGAACUGGUUAAGGGACCACUUAUUCUGGUAACCAUCAUGUGGUUCCGUGGUUUCCAAAAGUGUUGAUGAUUUGAGGGGAAAAACCUAAAUUUAAAGAAAUCAUGUGUGUUUUGUCCUGGGAACUUAGCCGCCCUGUUGCAGUGGACAGCCAGCGAGACUUUUCUUCGACGUUAAGCAAGCUACUGUUCAUUGUAUCAUAUGUUCUUUAAGAAAGUCAGAAUAAUUUAUAUUUGUGACAAAACCACUCUUCAUGAGAAAUGUGCUGUACAUAUGUUUGGACAUAUGUAAUAAACUUUGUUAC